AUGGGUUGUCUUUGGGCGACGGAAGUUCAAAUAAAUGAAUACACUAAUUUAGAAGGCGAAAAAAGUCACUGUGAUCCCUGUUGUGGCACACAUCCUAAAUUAAUGAGCACUGGAAGAAGGGCUAACGAUAGUAUUAACACUGUUGUGGAAGGCGAAAUUUCAUUCUGGUGGCAGAAGGGGCUUGUGCCUAACUCAUUCAGUUCCGCAGAUCAAUGCACAUGCAUGCAUUUGCAAUCAACAAACUUCCAUCAAUUUGAACAUUCAUACAGGAUGUGUAGUUACUUCGACUUCACAUCUCAUGAAAUUAAUUCGACGCGCAGACUCUCUAGCUAUAAUAAUAGAUGGUCCUCUACAGUUUAUGCAAAGAAAGUGGUCGAUGGUGACCCAAAGAAUGAUCUAAAAAAUUUUCAUUCCCUCUAUGCACCAUCUACAUAUGAUGUGAAGGAAGUGAAUCGCAGACCAUCCGUGUGUACUCCAAAAUUUUGUACCUAG